CGACGGAGAUGCAGACUGGUACACUUAUACUUGUAUGUACACUGAUGUGGCGAUUCGUACGACCGAGGAAGAUCGACAUGCACUGCCUGAACAGAAUGAACGCUGGUAAAUAAUCCCUAGCGGGUUUAUAAACCAUAUCCAGCUGGCACCUUGAAUGCUAGCCCUCUCUAACUAUUCCCUACUUGAAGUGGCGGCACAAUGCCAAGGUCAGUCUAUGCUACGAUUGCUCUCGCUGCUGUGGCUGCGUGCUACUCUGGAGGGCAUGGCUCAGCGACGAAGGAAGCAAAUUAUCAUCUGAACAUCCAGAAUGCUGAAGUCGUUCCAGAUGGCUUUACGCGCUCCGUCGUUUCAGCAAACGGUACUGUACCAGGCCCACUUAUUAGCGGAACCAAAGGCGACCGGUUUCUUGUUAAUGUCACUGACAGUCUGACCGACAAAAGUAUGAUGAGAGGCACAUCAAUUCACUGGCACGGAAUCUAUCAGAGGCAUUCAAAUUUGAUGGAUGGUGCUGCCGAGGUCAAUCAAUGCCCUAUCAUACCCGGAAAUAGUUUCCUGUACAAUUUCAGCGUUCCAGAUCAAGCAGGGACAUUUUGGUAUCAUUCCCACUUCUCCAAUCAAUACUGCGACGGUCUUUCUGGUCCACUCGUUAUUUACGAUCCUCACGAUCCACUCAAACACUUAUAUGAUGUUGACGAUGAGUCAACUGUGAUAACUCUUCAAGAUUGGUAUCACAGACCCUCGCCCUCUAUUUUCCCUAACUGGACUACACCAAACUCAACCUUGAUCAACGGACUGGGUCGGCGGAGCGAUGAUCCGUCUAGCGAACUUGCAGUAAUCCAUGCGAAGAGAGGCAAGCGUUAUAGGUUCAGGCUAAUUAACACGGGCUGCUUUCCUUCUUUCACAUUCUCUAUCGAUGGUCACAAGCUGACGGUAAUCGAGGCUGACGGCAUUGAGACAAGACCUCACACCGUCGACUCGCUUGAAAUUUAUUCGUCACAACGAUAUUCAGUCGUCGUUACAAUGGAUAAGCCUAUCGACAACUAUUGGAUCCGCGCGAUUCCGUCAGUGGGAAAUAACAGCACCGCUAACGGAGUGAACUCGGCCAUUCUACGAUAUCAUGGAGCUCCAAAUGCUGAGCCUUGCGAAGAACGCACAAAUAAAAAGUCAAGGGAGCUGGAUAUCCUGAACGAAGCGGAUUUGCACCCUCUCAUCAAUCCUGGAGCGCCUGGCGAGCCGUAUCCUGGCGGCGCGGACGUUGUCCUGACUCUACAACACGGAUUCGGCUCACAGGGAGGAUUUGUGAUUAACAAUGCAACGUUCAUGCCACCAAGUGUUCCAGUCUUGUUGCAGAUACUAAGUGGCAAUACGAACGCAAACAGCUUACUUCCGAAAGGCUCCAUAUACGGUCUACCACGGAACAAAGUGAUCGAAAUCAUCAUCCCCGGAGGAGGGCUCCACCCUUUCCAUCUCCAUGGACACACAUUCGACGUCAUACGUGUUGCGAACUCGACUGAGUACAAUUAUGUCAACCCCGUUCGACGAGAUGUGGUAAGUGUUGGUAACGUGGGCGACGAAGUGACGCUUCGCUUCGUCACUGAUAAUCCUGGGCCAUGGUUCUUGCAUUGUCAUAUUGAUUGGCACCUUGCGGGAGGACUUGCUGUUGUCCUCGCCGAGGCCGCGGAGGAUGUAGCUCAAAACGAACCUGACAAUAGUGACUGGGAUAAUCUAUGUCCACUUUACAAUAAAUUUAAUCCAGACAAGCAUUUCGAGUCAAUUUUCUACUCACCCAAAAUAUGA